AAAGCUCUCGUCGUAAACUACGACGUGGAAGCUCUGAUCCUCGGCGAGCUCGGAGACCCAAUGCUCGGCGACCGCAAAGAAUGCCAAAAGAUAAUCCGCCUAAAAAGCUUGAACGCGGACACCAACGUCUCCCUCUUAGCAAAAGAAGUAAUGGAAAAAUGUUCCCUAAUCCACGAAUCAAAGCUCCACGAAGUAGAGCAGCUGAUCUACUACCUCCAAAACCGCAAGAUGAACGAAGAACAACCCUCUCGUCCAGCAUCCUCCACUAACUCCGAAGGAGACCUCGAACGCGCAGUGAUCAGCAACGUGGACUCCUACAUCGAGCUGCUCUACGAAGAAAUCCCCGACAAAAUAAAAGCCUCUGCUUUAAUCCUCCAGCUAGCUCGAAUCCCCGACAACUUACUGGAGCUGACCAAAAACGAGUCACUACUAAGCGCACUCGCCCGAGUUCUCCGAGAAGACUGGCGCCGGAGCAUCGAGCUCUCCACCAACAUAGUCUACAUCUUCUUCUGCUUCUCCACUUACACUCAAUUCCACUCAAUAAUUCUAGAGUACCGCAUUGGCUCUCUCUGCAUGGAGAUAAUCGACUACGAGCUCCAGCGCUAUGAUCAGUGGCGCGACGAUAUGGAGAAGCGUCGGAGGUACUUUGAAACCACAACAGGCCUCGUGCUUUUUCCCUCAGUCACUUCUAUUUCUUCUGACGUGGAUAAGAAGUUGAAGCUCACUGACGACAUCUGGACGACUGAAGCUCCUCUAGAUUAUGAGCUAAAGCGCCGCUCAGCGGAGAUUAACUUCCACAUUAGUGAUGCAGAGGUCAAACGUAUGAAAGACGAUUUAGAAAAGUAUCGGAAGAAGUUCAAGAAUUUGACUAAAAAGCAGGAACAGUUGUUAAGAGUCGCUUAUUAUCUGCUGCUUAAUAUUGCUGAGAACACAGACGUGGAGAGAAAAAUGCGGAAGAAGAAUAUCAUAUCUAUGAUCAUAAAAACUUUAGAUCGGACCAAUACAGAUUUGUUAAUUUUAAUCAUUACUUUUUUGAAGAAACUUUCUAUAUUUCGGGAAAACAAAGAUGUGAUGGCCAAUGAAAAUAUCAUUGAGAAACUCCCACGUUUGUUACAGAACAACAACAAUGUUGAUCUGGUCCAGAUCACACUAAAGCUGCUGUUCAACUUGUCCUUUGAUUUGAAACUAAGAGGCAAGAUGAUCCGCGUUGGAUUAUUGCCGAAGCUAAUAAAAUUGUUGGGACUGAAUGAGAUCAAGAACAAAUCAACAAUUCUGGGGCUGCUUUACCACUUGAGUAUGGAUGAUAAAGUAAAGCUGAUGUUCAACAACUCGGAUUGCACUCAGCUGAUCAUUGAUAUGAUUUUAGAGCUAGAAGAUGAUCGUUUUAAAAAGGAAUUAGUGGCAGUAGGGAUUAAUUUGUCGAUAAACCACAAAAAUGCGCUGAUGAUGAUAGAAAAUAAUCGGCUUCAAGGUCUGAUCUCCAAAGCUUUUAGAACGCAAGAUUCGCUUCUGAUGAAGCUGAUACGGAAUAUCUCCCAGCAUGAAGUCUUAAAGGAGUACUUUGUUGAGUUUGUGGGAGACUUUGCUAUGGCGCUAACCCAAUCAGACUCUCAGGAUUUUAUUCUGGAGCUAAUUGGAGUAAUGGGGAACUUGGUCCUGCCGGAUUUGGACUACGCGCAGAUUUUACAAAGGUGUAAUUUGAUCCCUUGGAUUAGGAAUAAUUUGGUGGUGGGAAAAGCACCGGAUGACUUGAUAUUGGAGGUGGUGAUCCUAUUAGGGACUGCUGCGAGUGAUGAAGAUUGUGCCAGGUUGAUCUGCAAGGCAGAUUUGUUGCUGUCUUGUAUAGAAUUGUUGAGAGCUAAGCAGGAAGAUGAUGAGAUUGUUCUGCAGAUUAUUUAUGUUUUUUAUCAAAUUGCGAUGCAUGAGUCUACUAGGGAUUACUUGAUCAGGGAGACUAAUAAUGAGGCGCCUGGGUACUUGAUUGACUUGAUGCAUGACAAGAACCCGGCGAUUAGAAAGGUUUGUGAUGCUUGUCUGGAUGUCAUUGCGAUGGUUGAUAAAGAGUGGGCGGCGAGGAUUAAGGUUGAGAAGUUUAGGUCACAUAAUCAACAGUGGUUGGAGAUGGUUGAGUCUAUUGCGGUGGAUAAUGCCAAUCAUUUGAUUGUGGAUGAUGAUGAAAGUCUACCGCCGUAUUUGAAUGAUGAUUUGCUGAAGCAUACUAUGCUAUACAGCCGAGACAUGGACGACAUAAAUGAAUUUAUGGCCCGGUCAAAAUCCCGAAUGUCAGUGGGCUCAGGAAUAGAAGACCUUUACCACAACUCAAAAGUGAGAUUCUCCGAGGCGGAUUCUUCUCAUCUUUUGCUCUAA